GCGUGUUUCGGCCCUUCUGCGUGCUCUGCUGAGGACUGAGGACUCGCGUGUGCCGCAAUCAUGGCUCUGUACAACUUUAAAAAGAUUAUGGUGGUUCCCACCGCGAAGGACUUCAUAGAUCUGACUUUAUCCAAAACCCAGCGAAAAACUCCCACUGUUGUACACAAACACUACCAGAUCCACCGAAUAAGGCAUUUCUACAUGCGCAAAGUCAAAUUCACCCAGCAGAACUACCAUGAUCGGCUGUCACAGAUCCUCACUGACUUCCCCAAACUGGAUGAUAUCCACCCCUUCUAUGCUGAUCUGAUGAAUGUGCUGUAUGAUAAAGAUCAUUAUAAACUGGCUCUUGGUCAGAUCAACAUCGCCAAGAACCUCAUUGACAAUGUUGCUAAAGAUUAUGUGCGGCUCAUGAAAUAUGGAGAUUCGCUUUAUCGCUGCAAACAGCUGAAAAGGGCCGCACUGGGUCGCAUGUGCACUAUAUUAAAGAGACAGAAACAGAGUCUGGAGUAUUUAGAACAAGUGCGGCAGCAUCUGUCCCGUUUACCCACUAUUGAUCCAAACACCAGAACCCUCCUGCUGUGUGGUUACCCCAACGUCGGCAAGUCCAGCUUUAUCAACAAGGUGACCCGUGCUGAUGUUGAGGUCCAGCCGUAUGCCUUCACCACCAAAUCUUUGUUUGUGGGUCACAUGGAUUACAAAUACCUGCGCUGGCAGGUGGUUGAUACUCCAGGUAUUCUGGAUCACCCUCUUGAGGAAAGGAAUACCAUAGAAAUGCAGGCCAUCACCGCUCUGGCUCACCUGCGUUCUGCUGUCCUCUACGUCAUGGAUGUGUCAGAGCAGUGCGGACACACACUCUCACAACAACUAGAACUGUUCAACAAUAUACGGCCAUUGUUUGCCAACAAGCCUUUGAUCGUGAUGGCCAAUAAGUGUGAUGUGAAGAAGAUCAGUGAACUGUCGGACGAGAAUCAGAAAGUGUUUGCGGAUCUCACUGCUGAGGGGGUCACAGUGAUUGAGACGAGCACUCUCACUGAAGAGGGAGUGAUGCUUGUGAAGACUGAGGCAUGUGAUCGGCUGUUGGCUCACCGUGUGGACACAAAAAUGAAAAGCAAGAAGGUCCAUGAUGUUUUGAACAGACUCCAUCUGGCAGUGCCAGCCAAGAGAGAUCAAAAGGAAAGGCCUCCGUUUAUUCCCGAAGGUGCUAUGAUACGUAGGAAGGCAAUGGAGACAGAUGCUCCCAAACGCAAACUGGAGAGAGACCUGGAGGUUGAGCUGGGAGAUGAUUACACACUUGAUCUACAGAAAUACUGGGAUUUGAUGAAUCCAGAAGAAAAGGAGGAUAAGAUUCCUGAGAUUUGGGAGGGUCACAAUAUUGCUGACUACGUCGACCCGGAGAUCAUGAAGAGACUGGAGGAUUUGGAGCAGGAAGAGGAGCUGCGUGAGAAGGCCGGAGAGUACGACUCUGAUGAGGAGAGCGAGGAUGAAGAGAUGAAGGAGAUCCGACAGCUGGCCAGUCAGAUUCGCGAGAAGCGGAAGCUAAAGAUUCUCGAGUCCAAAGAAAAAGACAAACAGGGACCAAGAAUACCCCGCACGGCCAAGAAGGUGGACAGAGCGACUCUGGAGAAGGAGAUGGGUGAUCUGGGUUUGGACAUGACUGAUAAAGAUGAUAGCCACUAUGCUCAACGAUCUCGCUCUCUGGUUCGAAAGAGGAAGAGGGAAGUCUCCACACCACCGACGUCACGUACUCGCAGUCAGAGCGCCUCAAGACCACCAAGGGACCAAUCAGGAGUCAGAGAUGCCAAGAUGUUGAAAAAGGUGAAGACCAUGAUGAAGAGCUCACAGAAGGACAUGAACAGGCAAGGAAGGAAGGGUGAAUCUGAUCGACAUGUAUUUGAUCUCAAACCUAAACAUCUCCUUUCUGGGAAGAGGAAAUCUGGUUCCACCAGCCGCAGAUAAAUGCACCCUUAUUCACGUACAUCUGACGUGUGUACUUAUGCCUGUCCUUAUGCCAUGAUUAAUACAUUUGUUAUAUUCUAUACUUUUUACCAGUUCUUUCUGAUACAGUUGAGAACAUACCUGUAAACACGAAAGAACACUUAUUAAGCUGUAUGUAAUAACAUCAUUCUAAGUGUCUGAUAUCAUGCAGAAUGAUAAUGAAAUAUACAGGAUCAUGAUUUAGAACUCUUCGUCCUUUACAAAACAAUUUAUCUGAAGCCAUUGUUUGCAGUUGGAGUCAAAUAAACCAACCAAAGUCUUGAGCCUUAAAUAAAUGUGUGAAAUUUAUUUCCCUAAAUUUAAA